AUGCCGAGUGGCAGUCCGGGCCUCGUGCUGUUUCUUGCUUACGCAGUGCGGGACACCGCGCAUCAUGUUUUGGCCUCGCCCUGCGCAGCUGUUCCGCGGCGCUUCGAGGGUCAGGUUUGCGUCGUGACCGGUGCCGUCCAGGGCAUCGGGGCUGCGGUGGCUGCUCGCUUGGCAGCUGAGGGUGCGCGGGCAGUGUGGAUAUUGGACAAGGCCGACGGCAGCGAUGCUGCCAAAGGCUUGGAGAAGGCAACUCCUGGCAUCAAAGCUGGUGCGCUGCAACUAGAUUUGGCCGAGGAGGGACAAGUGCAGAAGGCGAUUGCAGAGGUGCUGCGCGAGAGCGGCCGCAUUGACGUCCUGGUUCAAGGGGCCGGCAUCACAGGAAAAACGAACGUCAAAAGCCACGAGGUAGAGCUGUCCGACUUCCAGCGGGUCUUCGACGUCAAUGUGAAGGCCAUCUUCCUGUGCUCCAAGGCCGUCUUGCCGUCCAUGCUGAAGUCCGGAUAUGGCCGCAUCGUGAACAUUGCCUCCAUCUCUGGGAAGGAUGGAAACGCAGGGAUGCUGGCGUACUCCUCCUCCAAGGCAGCCGUGAUCAACCUGACGAAGGUCAUGGGCAAGGAGUACGCGAACCUGGGCAAGGACAUCACGAUCAACUGCAUUGCGCCAGCAGUUGUGCAAACUGCGAUGGUGGACGCGAUGCCUAAGGAGCAAGUGAAGUACAUGACUGACAAGAUUCCCAUGGGCCGAACAGGCAAGCUUGAUGAGGUGGCAUCCACAAUUCUUUUUGCAGCUUCACAAGAUUGCUCCUUUACCACCGGAUUUUGUUUCGAUGCCAGCGGUGGCCGAACCGUGUACUGA